AAGUGCAGUGGAAGAAUAAUGAGCCCAUGAUUUGCAACAUGUUAAUAUUAUAUUUAAUUAGUGUUAUAGGCAUAAGUAGUGCACAAAUACUGGGAAAUGGACAAUGUGAUACCAACGUACCAUUGGAACUCAAUUUCGACUUGGAUAAAUUCGCAGGAAGAUGGAACGUAAUCGAAAGAACUGUCAGUCCUUUGCAAACAGGAGAAUGUUCCUAUAUUGAUAUCAACGCUGUAGCCCCCGUAACUGAUGGAACUAAUAACUUCAAUGUUGUUCUCAAGUCAGUUGUCGAUAAUUUCCCUGAAGAUAUCACCGGAGCAGCAACAGCUCAGAAUGGAAAUGCAAUUUACACAAUGAACCUUCCUGGCUAUCAAGCUUUGGAGUUCCGGGUUAUGUUGACAGAUUAUGAGAACUACGCUCUAGCGUACAGUUGCCAAAAUGUUGGGACCACACAAAAAAAUCUAUUCAUCUGGCAGCUGGGAAGAGGAACUUCAUUCCCAAGUGAGAUGAUAUUGAAUCUGAUGAAUCAAACGUUAAUUACGAACUUUGGGUACACAUCAGACAUAUUGACAGGCACUUCGCAUUCAGCUGAUGCGUGCACAGAAUUACCAGAAAUACCGGCAGGAGAAAAUGUAAUUUUAACAGGACAAUGUGACCCUAACUUACCGGUUGUAAAUGGAAUUGACCUAGAAAGGUUCCAAGGAGAGUGGUACCAAGUCGCUGCUUAUCACUCAAACGUCGGUCAAGGAACCUGUCAAAGGGCUCGCUAUACUCUGAAUGGAGCCAUUGUCGAUGUCGUGAACAGUCAGGUCUCUGGGCAGCAACUGGAGACAAUUAGCGGAAACGCCACUUUUUCAGGCUCUGACGGUAGCGCAAGAUUUACAGUGACGUUGGAAGUGAUGCCAAACGUAUACAAUCAAGCAUCACUCUGGAUUCUGGCGACGGACUAUGACAACUACGCCAUAACCUACACAUGCAGGAACCUGAAUAGCAACCAAAAGCAAGUAACUAGUUGGAUCCUCAGCAAGUCACGUGAAAUCUCAACCACUGCACGAAAUGCCGUUAACCAAGUCAUCAGCAACUAUGUUGACUUAAACGAUCGAUACUAUAUAGUUGCAGACCAGUCUGAUGCAGCUUGCUUCUACUACCCUGAACCAACCAGUGGUCCAGUUGUCUUCAGAGGUCAAUGUGAUCAAAAUAUCAAUGUGGUUAACAAUUUCAAUAUUGACUCCUUCGAAGGCCGCUGGUUCGAUAUACAAUCUUAUCCCUCCAACUUCCAAGGUGGUACAUGUAACACUGCAUCCUAUACGAAACAAGAGGGAACUAAUCUGUUAGAUGUUGUGAACAGUCAAGUGAUAAACCAAUCACUUUUACGAGCAACUGGUGUUGCAAGAUUAGCUGGCGCAGCGAAUGUUGGCAAGCUUAUAGUGACAAUCAACAAUGAAGAUUUGGAUUACUGGGUCUUAGCAACAGAUUAUAGCACAUACGCGCUUAUGUAUACCUGUACUAACAUCGACACGGAAACAAUGCAAGUUAACACAUGGAAGCUGAGCAGAACAAGGGCUUUAUCAGCAAACGCCAAUACAGCCAUCAAUAAUGUAAUGAAUACAAUUCCGGUGCUUGAUCAGAGGUAUUUCAUCACGAGAGAUCAUUCAGAUACUGGUUGUUUCUUCUUCCCCGAACCGCAAACUGGUGUACCUGUGGAGUUCCCAGGACAAUGUGACACUAAUAUUGAAGCUAUGGCAAACUUUAACGUGAACCUGUUCGAAGGAACAUGGUAUGAAAUUGAGUCUUAUCCGGAAGGCCGAGAAAGAGGACAAUGUAUCAAUUACGAAUAUGUCGUGGUGAAUGAAAAUAACCUACAGUUGUCUAUAAAUAACGUUCAAGGACAAGCUCUACUCGCAACUCCUGGAACUGCUGUGAGAACGGAUAGUUCUGGACGCUUGACUCUAAACCUCCAAACUGGUGCUGGAGUUAUGCAAGUUCCGUUUUGGAUACUGAGCACGGAUUACAGCAAUUAUGCCUUAGCUUAUGGAUGUGUCAAUUUGGCAGAGACAAGAAGAGUGUUCAGUUUUAAGCUGAGUAGAACUAAAACACUCACUGCCCAAUCCACUACGGCGAUCAACGCCGUUAUCAACACAAUACCAGUAUUAGACAGCAGGUACUAUCAAACCAUUGGCCAGUCUGACGCUGACUGCUUCUACUUGCCACCUUUCGUUCCUGGAGAACCUGUUAUUAUGCCGGGUCAAUGUGACACAAAUAUACCAGUGUUACGUAACUUCAAUGUUGCCAGAUUUACGGGAAGAUGGCGUCUCAUUUCAUCCUAUUUCUCCGAACGGCAAUCUGGGGAAUGUAACGAAGCAGAGUACACUCAACGGGGCAAUGUUAUUGAUUUGGAAAAUCGACAUGUCGUCAAUCAACAGCUUCUUUCCGUAUCUGGUAAUGCAACAAUUGUCUCUACGGAUGAAAGCGCAAAAUUGCAGGUCAACAUUGGUACUAAUCCACCCGUUGACUAUUGGAUCCUCGACAGUGAUUAUGAUACGUAUUUCAUUGCGUAUAGUUGUGUCAAUCAGGGCACUGAUCAACGCCGUGUAUGGAGUUGGAUAAUGAGUCGCACUGAUUCACUACCAGCAGCUGCAACCGCCAGUAUUAAUUCAGUAAUUGAUAGUAUCGAUGUCUUGGACAAUAGAUAUUUUAUAGCUGCAGACCAGUCUGAUGCAGCUUGCUUCUACUACCCUGAACCAACCCCUAGUCCAGUUGUCUUCAGAGGCCAAUGUGAUCAAAAUAUCAAUGUGGUUAACAAUUUCAAUAUUGACUCCUUCGAAGGCCGCUGGUUUGAUAUCCAAUCUUAUCCCUCCAACUUCCAAGGCGGUACAUGUAACACCGCAUCCUAUACGAAACAAGAUGGAACUAAUCUGUUAGAUGUUGUGAACAGUCAAGUGAUAAACCAGUCACUCUUCCGAGCAACUGGUGUUGCAAGAUUAGCUGGCGCGGCGAAUGUUGGCAAACUUAUAGUGACAAUCAACAAUGAAGAUUUGGACUACUGGGUCUUAGCAACAGAUUAUAGCACAUACGCGCUUAUGUAUACCUGUACAAACAUCGACACGGAACGAAUGCAAGUUAACACAUGGAAGCUGAGCAGAACAAGGGCUUUAUCAGCAAACGCCAAUACAGCCAUCAAUAAUGUAAUGAAUACAAUUCCGGUGCUUGAUGAGAGGUAUUUUAUCACGAGAGAUCAUUCAGAUACUGGUUGUUUCUACUUCCCCGAACCGCAACCUGGUGUACCCGUGGAGUUCCCAGGACAAUGUGACACUAAUAUUGAAGCUAUGGCAAACUUUAACGUGACCCUGUUCGAAGGAACAUGGUAUGAAAUUGAGUCUUAUCCGGAAGGCCGAGAAAGAGGACAAUGUAUCAAUUACGAAUAUGUCGUGGUGAAUGAAAAUAACCUACAGUUGUCUAUAAAUAACGUUCAAGGACAAGCUCUACUCGCAACUCCUGGAACUGCUGUGAGAACGGAUAGUUCUGGACGCUUGACUCUAAACCUCCAAACUGGUGCUGGAGUUAUGCAAGUUCCGUUUUGGAUACUGAGCACGGAUUACAGCAAUUAUGCCUUAGCUUAUGGAUGUGUCAAUUUGGCAGAGACAAGAAGAGUGUUCAGUUUUAAGCUGAGUAGAACUAAAACACUCACUGCCCAAUCCACUACGGCGAUCAACGCCGUUAUCAACACAAUACCAGUAUUAGACAGCAGGUACUAUCAAACCAUAGGCCAGUCUGACGCUGACUGCUUCUACUUGCCUCCUUUCGUUCCUGGAGAACCUGUUAUUAUGCCGGGUCAAUGUGAUACAAAUAUACCAGUUUUACGUAACUUCAAUGUUGCUAGAUUUACGGGAAGAUGGCGUCUCAUUUCAUCCUAUUUCUCCGAACGGCAAUCUGGGGAAUGUAACGAAGCAGAGUACACUCAACGGGGCAAUGUUAUUGAUUUGGAAAAUCGACAUGUCGUCAAUCAACAGCUUCUUUCCGUAUCUGGUAAUGCAACAAUUGUCUCUACGGAUGAAAGCGCAAAAUUGCAGGUCAACAUUGGUACUAAUCCACCCGUUGACUAUUGGAUCCUCGACAGUGAUUAUGAUACGUAUUUCAUUGCGUAUAGUUGUGUCAAUCAGGGCACUGAUCAACGCCGUGUAUGGAGUUGGAUAAUGAGUCGCACUGAUUCACUACCAGCAGCUGCAACCGCCAGUAUUAAUUCAGUAAUUGAUAGUAUCGAUGUCUUGGACAAUAGAUAUUUUAUAGCUGCAGACCAGUCUGAUGCAGCUUGCUUCUACUACCCUGAACCAACCCCUAGUCCAGUUGUCUUCAGAGGCCAAUGUGAUCAAAAUAUCAAUGUGGUUAACAAUUUCAAUAUUGACUCCUUCGAAGGCCGCUGGUUUGAUAUCCAAUCUUAUCCCUCCAACUUCCAAGGCGGUACAUGUAACACCGCAUCCUAUACGAAACAAGAUGGAACUAAUCUGUUAGAUGUUGUGAACAGUCAAGUGAUAAACCAGUCACUCUUCCGAGCAACUGGUGUUGCAAGAUUAGCUGGCGCGGCGAAUGUUGGCAAACUUAUAGUGACAAUCAACAAUGAAGAUUUGGACUACUGGGUCUUAGCAACAGAUUAUAGCACAUACGCGCUUAUGUAUACCUGUACAAACAUCGACACGGAACGAAUGCAAGUUAACACAUGGAAGCUGAGCAGAACAAGGGCUUUAUCAGCAAACGCCAAUACAGCCAUCAAUAAUGUAAUGAAUACAAUUCCGGUGCUUGAUGAGAGGUAUUUUAUCACGAGAGAUCAUUCAGAUACUGGUUGUUUCUUCUUCCCCGAACCGCAACCUGGUGUACCCGUGGAGUUCCCAGGACAAUGUGACACUAAUAUUGAAGCUAUGGCAAACUUUAACGUGAACCUGUUCGAAGGAACAUGGUAUGAAAUUGAGUCUUAUCCGGAAGGCCGAGAAAGAGGACAAUGUAUCAAUUACGAAUAUGUCGUGGUGAAUGAAAAUAACCUACAGUUGUCUAUAAAUAACGUUCAAGGACAAGCUCUACUCGCAACUCCCGGAACUGCUGUGAGAACGGAUAGUUCUGGACGCUUGACUCUAAACCUCCAAACUGGUGCUGGAGUUAUGCAAGUUCCGUUUUGGAUACUGAGCACGGAUUACAGCAAUUAUGCCUUAGCUUAUGGAUGUGUCAAUUUGGCAGAGACAAGAAGAGUGUUCAGUUUUAAGCUGAGUAGAACUAAAACACUCACUGCCCAAUCCACUACGGCGAUCAACGCCGUUAUCAACACAAUACCAGUAUUAGACAGCAGGUACUAUCAAACCAUUGGCCAGUCUGACGCUGACUGCUUCUACUUGCCUCCUUUCGUUCCUGGAGAACCUGUUAUUAUGCCGGGUCAAUGUGAUACAAAUAUACCAGUUUUACGUAACUUCAAUGUUGCCAGAUUUACGGGAAGAUGGCGUCUCAUUUCAUCCUAUUUCUCCGAACGGCAAUCUGGGGAAUGUAACGAAGCAGAGUACACUCAACGGGGCAAUGUUAUUGAUUUGGAAAAUCGACAUGUCGUCAAUCAACAGCUUCUUUCCGUAUCUGGUAAUGCAACAAUUGUCUCUACGGAUGAAAGCGCAAAAUUGCAGGUCAACAUUGGUACUAAUCCACCCGUUGACUAUUGGAUCCUCGACAGUGAUUAUGAUACGUAUUUCAUUGCGUAUAGUUGUGUCAAUCAGGGCACUGAUCAACGCCGUGUAUGGAGUUGGAUAAUGAGUCGCACUGAUUCACUACCAGCAGCUGCAACCGCCAGUAUUAAUUCAGUAAUUGAUAGUAUCGAUGUCUUGGACAAUAGAUAUUUUAUAGCUGCAGACCAGUCUGAUGCAGCUUGCUUCUACUACCCUGAACCAACCCCUAGUCCAGUUGUCUUCAGAGGCCAAUGUGAUCAAAAUAUCAAUGUGGUUAACAAUUUCAAUAUUGACUCCUUCGAAGGCCGCUGGUUUGAUAUCCAAUCUUAUCCCUCCAACUUCCAAGGCGGUACAUGUAACACCGCAUCCUAUACGAAACAAGAUGGAACUAAUCUGUUAGAUGUUGUCAACAGUCAAGUGAUAAACCAGUCACUCUUCCGAGCAACUGGUGUUGCAAGAUUAGCUGGCGCGGCGAAUGUUGGCAAACUUAUAGUGACAAUCAACAAUGAAGAUUUGGACUACUGGGUCUUAGCAACAGAUUAUAGCACAUACGCGCUUAUGUAUACCUGUACAAACAUCGACACGGAACGAAUGCAAGUUAACACAUGGAAGCUGAGCAGAACAAGGGCUUUAUCAGCAAACGCCAAUACAGCCAUCAAUAAUGUAAUGAAUACAAUUCCGGUGCUUGAUGAGAGGUAUUUCAUCACGAGAGAUCAUUCAGAUACUGGUUGUUUCUUCUUCCCCGAGCCGCAACCUGGUGUACCCGUGGAGUUCCCGGGGGUGUGUGAUGAAAAUAUUCAGGCAAUGCCAAACUUUAACGUUACUCUGUUCGAGGGAUUAUGGCACGAAAUCGAAUCUUAUCCUGAAGGUCGUCAGAGGGGACAAUGUAUAAAUUUUGAGUACCUCGUUCAAAAUGAAAACAACUUACAAGUGACCGUAAGGAAUGUACAAGGAAACGAUCUAUUUACUAUCCCUGGUACUGCUAUCCGCUUCGAUAAUACUGGAAGAUUAACUCUUAAUUUACAAACUGCUGCUGGAGUGAUGGCGAUUCCAUUUUGGAUUUUAAGCACUGAUUAUAGCAACUAUGCAUUAGCUUAUGGUUGUGUUAAUUUGGAAGAGACAAGAAGAGUAUUCAGUUUCAAACUAAGUAGGACCAAAGCUCUCUCGGCUGCAUCGAAUACUACGAUUAACAACAUUAUUGAUACAAUACCAGUUCUGGACAAUAUGUACUAUGAAUUCAUUGACCAAUCUGAUGACGCUUGCUUCUACCUUCCACCCUUCGUUCCUAUAGAUCCCGUUAUCUUCCCCGGCCAAUGCGAUGAAACUAUUCCUGCACUCAGGAACUUUGAUGUGACCAGGUUCCAAGGAAGAUGGCGUCUCAUUUCAUCCUAUUUCUCUGAACGUCAAUCAGGCGAAUGUAAUGAAGCAAUAUAUACUGAACGAGGCAAUUAUAUUGACUUGGAAAAUCGACACGUUGAGUUCGAACUGUUGCAAUCUGUAGCUGGAACUGCAUCAGUUGUUUCAAAUGAUAACAGUGCUAAGUUGCAAGUCAACAUUUCUACAAAUCCCACAGCAGAUUUUUGGAUACUCGACAGUGAUUACGAUACGUAUUUCAUAGCCUAUAGUUGCAGUAACAUUAAUAAUGAUCAACGUAGAGUUUGGAGUUGGAUUAUGAGUCGCACUGCAUCAUUACCAGCAGCUGCGAUCACUAACAUUGAUAGAGUUAUAAACAGUAUCAAUGUGUUGGACAAUAGAUACUUCAUAGCUGCCGACCAAUCUGAUGCAGCUUGCUUCUAUUAUCCAGUACCGGACGGCAAUCCUGUUGUAUUUAGAGGACAGUGUGAUGAAUCAAUUAGGGUUGUCAGCCCAUUCGAUGCUACAAGAUAUAUGGGAACUUGGUACGAUAUCGAAAGCUUCCCAGCUGCCUUCCAAUUCGGUAGCUGUUCUACAGCUAAUUAUGCUCUUAACGGUAGUGUGGUCGAUGUUGUGAACACAGAAGUAUUGGGGCAACGGUUAAUUACAUUUGAAGGAUAUGCUGUACCUGGAGCUGAUGAAACAGCAAAGCUGACAGUCUACUUCAAUAUUCCUGGACAAGGCAUUACGGCCGGAACACCAUACUGGGUUCUCGCCACAGAUUACAACAACUAUGCCUUGGUCUACACUUGUACGAAUGUUGAUGCAGAAUACAGAUCUGUGCGCGCUUGGAAAUUGAGUAGAACCAAGUCGCUUUCAGCGGAAUCUGCAGCAGCCAUCAACACUGUCACAAAUACAAUAGAUGUGAUACGCAGACAGCAGUACUACAUUCCAAGGGGACAUACAGACGAAGACUGCUACUACUAUCCAGAUAACAAUGGAGGACCAGUCUUCCUUGAAGGAGAAUGUGAUUCUAGUGUAACAGCGGGCGUUGUAACCAACUUUAAUCUGAACUCGUUUGCUGGAUCAUGGUAUGAAGUAUCCCGUUACCCAUCAGAAUUGACAUCUGGCACAUGUGUUAGAAAUGAGUUCGACAUUACCACAGCAAACACAUUCAAUGGAAGUAAGAGUUUUGUGGUUGGAGAAAAGUUAUCUGUAUUCAAUGGCCCUGUUACGGUUGCUGCUGAUGGUAGGGGAGUUUUGACUGCAUCGCUUUCGGAUAAUACUGGUGCUACUUAUGAGACUACAAUGUAUGUGAUGAGCGUCGACUACAACGAUUAUGCUUUGUUGUACAGUUGCAGAAAUGUAGGAAAUAAUACCAGACAGGUGUACAGUUGGAAAUUGAGCAGAAAUCAGGAAGGACUAUCCGCCCAGGCUGUGUCUAACAUUAACACUAUAGUGUCACAAACAGAAGACUUAUUCGAAGGUUACUUUGAAGAUACUAACCAGACAACGGAUGGAUGCUUCUACUAUCCUCAAUAUGAUACUCUACCUGAUCAAAUCGUAUUCUCAACACCCUGUAAUGAAAAUAUCCGCGGCGUUCCUAACUUUUCAGCUGGUGAUUAUCUUGGUAAAUGGUACGAAUUAGCGAGCUACCCUCAAUCGUUCCAAUUUGGUGACUGCGCACGCGCACGCUACGAAACUGAAGAUGGAAUUGUAGUUACUGUAAUAAACACACAAGUAUACAACCAAUCACUUGAUGUGAUGUACGGAACUGCUGUCGUUGCGUCGGAUGAUAACUCAGGAGUUCUCAACGUAACCUUCAAUUUCCCUGGUGGAGUUUCAGCACUUGCUAACUACUAUAUAUUGGCUACGGACUAUUCAAGUUACGCCCUAGUGUACAGUUGUCGAAAUUUGGAAGGCGGAAGAAGUCAAGUUACCAGCUGGAAGCUAAGUAGGACCCGCUCGCUGAGUGCUGAAGCUAAUGCUGUAAUGGCAAACGUCAUCAGUAACACAAGAGGCCUGAGUGAGGACUUCUACGAGCCCACGAGUCAAAGCGAUGAAGCAUGCUUCUAUGUCCCGGAAUUAGACAGAGACCAGGCACCGUUGUUCAGAGGUCAAUGCGAAGAUAUAGAGGUUCAAGGUGUCCAAGGAUUUGAUGCUACAAGGUUUGUUGGCUGGUGGCAUGAGAUUGAACGUUACCCAACGGAUACCAACCCUGGCUCCUGCAUCAGCUUGACCUUCCAACAGGUCGACAACGGCUUCCAGAUUGUUGACACAAAUGUCAUCAACAAUAUCGCUAAUGUAACUACUAGCACAGUGACUGUCUCUAACAAUGGAUUGCUGCGAAAGACGUACAGUAAUGGAAAUGUUGUCGAGUACUGGGUGCUGGCAACGGACUAUGAAUCGUACGCGCUGCUUUACUCUUGUCAAAACGCAAACAGCGACUACAAACGAGUAUGGAGUGCAAAGCUCAGCAAAACUCGCUCGUUGACCACUGCUGCACAGAACGCUAUCAACCAAGUUAUCAAUAACAAGAGAGUUUUGGAUCAAAGCCUCUUCGUGAACGUGGAUCAGAGUGACAGUACUUGCUUCCACUACCCUGAACAACCCGGAGCCUUCAUUGUCAUACCUGGUCAGUGCAGAGAUCUGCCGCUACAACAGCAGUUUAGCGUACCUGAGUAUUCAGGCACGUGGUAUCAAAUUGAGAAGUAUCGCCAACCAUUUGAAAGUGGUAACUGCACUGGUGCAAGAUACACCUUGAUCCCCAACACAGAAGUGGUCUCCGUUCUUAACUGGGAGGUGGUCAACGGCGUCUUAAAUACUAUUGAUGGAACUGCCACCGUGAACUCUACUGACGGCAGCGGUUAUCUGGAAGUGAACUUAAACCGAGUCAAUGACACUGCAACUGCAUUACGAUCAACUAGUCUGUAUAUUCUCACGACUGACUACGUUUCCUACUCUUUGGUAUACAACUGUCGGAACCUUGACAGUUUCCGACGUCAAAUAAGCGUCUGGAAACUGAGUCGUACCCGGUCGCUGCUAGAAGCUGGCCAGACUGCAAUAAACGAGUACAUGUCAGGCAGGGAAGAAUUUAGAGCAGAAUACUUCGAUCAGGUAGACCAAGACGACUCCUGUCCAGAACCAAGCUCUGCUAUGCUCUUCAGAGGCAGCGUUUUGGUGUUACUAAUAAGUGUAGCUCUUCUUUACCUAUCUUAGUUAUUUUUGUUAUUUAUUGUUGAAUGAAUGAAUGCUGAGAUUGUAAUAAAAAGUUAUUUAUUUUGUGAGAAUUAAAAGGAACAUUUAAUAA